AUGUUCAUGAUGCGCUUGAAAACUGCUUUGCAGCUGGUGCUCGUGAUGCUCGCCGCCCGCGUGUGGCUUGGAAUGGGCUUGGAGGCUGAAGCUCCUAUGUGGCCUGGCAAGGGCGUUGCAGCUGAUGCUCAUGAUGAAACGGCUGUUUUGCUCGCGCCGAAGGAAGCAGCGAAGGAACCAGUGGCCACCUGCCUCUUCAAGCCCCAUGACUCCUACCCAGCGAUGGAGACCGCUGUGGACGUGCUGUACUGUCCAGUCUGCGGCCUUCCCCCAGACUUCUGCCAGUAUGGUCCCAGCUGGGAGAAGUGCAAACCUUGGUGUAUAGAGAACGUUCCGCACUACUAUCCGGAACUGUCCGGCGUCUCCCUGGAAGACGCCAAGAAGAAAGCCGAGGAGCUCAAUGCAAAGGGAAAGGAGAAGCUCCUACCCGGCGGAAAGGUGAAGCGAGAAAAGUCCCCUCGCGUCAACAUCAGAAAGCUCAGCCGCGGUGGGCGAAAGUGUGUCACUAGCGUUGCUGGACUCGAUAUGUUCGGGAUCAAGUUGGAUGAUGUGGCGAAGCUGUUCAAGAAGAAGUUCGCCUGUGGCUGUGCAGUAGUCAAGGGCGAGAACACAGCGCCAGACACCGUCGACAUACAAGGUGACUUCGAAGAUGAAGUCAUUGACAUCAUUGUGGCCGAGUGGAAGCAAGUCCCGCAGGAGAAGAUCAGCGUGCUCGACGCGGGCAACAAGAAGAAAGGGAAAGGCCGAUGA